AUGGAAGAUGGGGAGCAUCAGCACCAAAGGAGGCAGCCCGAGGAGCACCCGGGGCAGAGGGAGGCCGCCCUUGAAGGGGUGGGUGACGUGUGCAUAAUUAUCCUGGGCGGAUGCAGGAGGGCGGUCGAUGCUCUUCACACCCCACUCCUGUCCCAGCAAUUCGAGAGGAAACACCCUGGCAGAGUCCCCUCCAUCUUCCUGUCCUUGGUGUGUUUAUUUCUAAACACUCAGCAGUCACACACGGCGACCGAGGACAAGCCUAAUAUCUUUUUGAUUAUGGUUGACGACCUUGGGAUAGGUGACCUGGGCUGCUAUGGCAACGAUACGAUAAGGACCCCUCACAUAGACCGCCUGGCCAGUGAGGGGAUCCAGCUGCUGCAGCAUGUGUCCGCAGCCUCCAUGUGCACACCCAGCAGGGCCGCCUUCCUCACGGGCAGGUACCCCAUCCGGUCAGGUAUGGUUUCCAACAGAGGUACACGGGUCAUCGCAAGCCUGGGCGUUCCCUCGGGGCUCCCUCAUAACGAAACGACAUUCGCAGCCUUGCUCAAGAAGCAAGGGUACAGCACGGGGCUGAUAGGCAAAUGGCACCAAGGCUUGAACUGUCACUUCCGGAGUGACUACUGCCACCAUCCAUAUCAUUAUGGGUUCGAUUACUACUAUGGCAUGCCAUACUCCCUGUAUGAACCUUGCUGGCCGGACCCCUCGCGAGACACGGAGCUGGCCAUCGGGAGCAAGCUCUGGCAGUGCGUGCAGCUGGUCGCCCUGGCUGUACUCACCCUGGCCAUUGGGAAGCUGAGGGGCUGGAUCUCUGUCCCCUGGCCCUUCAUCCUGGCCAUGAACUUGUUCCUCCUCCUUCUGGCCUACUCCUGGUUCUCCAGCUUCACGUCUGGCCUUUACUGGGAUUGCAUCCUCAUGCGUGGACAGGAGAUCACAGAGCAGCCCCUGAAGGCGGAGAGAGCUGGGUCCAUAAUGGUUCAGGAGACAAUUUCAUUUAUAGAAAGGAACCGUAGGGGGCCCUUCCUUCUGUAUUUCUCCUUCCUCCAUGUCCACAUCCCUCUCCCCACCACGGAGGACUUCAUCGGCACCAGCCAGCACGGUUUGUACGGAGACAACGUGCAGGAGAUGGACGCCAUGGUGGGCAAGAUUCUCGCCGUGAUCGAUGACUUUGGUCUGAGGAACAACACCCUAGUGCACUUUACAUCGGAUCACGGGGGCCAUCUGGAGGGGAGAAUAGGCCACACCCAGCUUGGAGGCUGGAAUGGGAUUUUCAAAGGUGGUAAAGGUAUGGGAGGAUGGGAAGGUGGAAUCCGUGUCCCGGGAAUUUUCCGAUGGCCUGCAAAGUUGCCUGCUGGACAAUCGAUUGAGGAACCUACAAGCUCAAUGGAUAUUUUCCCGACGCUAGCCUCAUUGUCCGGAGGAAUUCUGCCUCGGGACAGGGUGAUUGACGGCCGAGACCUUAUGCCCUUGCUGAGCGGUGAGAUCCAGCGCUCGGAGCACCAAUUUCUGUUCCACUACUGCGGCUCGUACCUCCACGCUGUCAGGUGGCAUCCACAAGACAGUGAGGCCGUUUGGAAGGCUCAUUACGUGACCCCGAUAUUCCAGCCACCGGGAGCUCAAGCCUGCUAUGCCACCAAGUACUGCCAAUGCUCGGGGGAGAACGUCACCCACCACAACCCCCCUCUGCUCUUUGAUCUCUCCCGGGACCCAUCUGAGUCCACUCCACUCUCCAGGGACACAGAACCCCUGUACGACCUGGUGAUUGAGAAGGUGGCCGCUGCCCUGAGGGAACACCUGAAAUCGGUGAUUCCCGUCCAGGAGCAGCUGUCAGAAAUAAACCGGGACAGGGUGUGGCUGAGGCCCUGCUGUGGGGUGUUCCCGUUUUGCCUGUGUGACAAAGAGGGGAAACGCUUGGCUGGGGAGUUGUAAAGAGAAAAGAUGUUGGAGACCAGACGGUCUGAGUCCGCCUCACUUGGCCGUUUCAUACUGGCCAAGAGUGCAAUUGAGAGCCAAUGCAUUCCUCUCCAAUUCCAGGUUAUUAAAUGUCCACUUGUCUUAAUGCUUUCUAUUUACCUUUUGGAUUCCUGGUGAAAACUGUUUAUUUAAUUUCCAGAUUUAAAAUUUUUUUUUUAAUGACUUUGAGUGGUAGGAAGCAAGCGUCUAUAGCCCUUUGUCCCAUCUGGUCUGUUUCUCUACAAAAAAGCAAACCCGUUGUAGUCAUGUUGACUCCCUGACUCUUAGCGACCCUAGAGGACAAAGUAGAACUGCCCC